AUGCCUUUGCGCGCUAAGGUGACCAACCCUGCUUUCCAAGCAACUGCCUCGAUAUCAACAUCAGUACCAAUCCCCAAAGAACUCCCCGGAGACGAGCCCGACGAUGUUUUGUUCAACACCCUCUACGGCCUUCGAAGCAUUGAGCUUAACCGACCCAAGAAGCUUAACUCCCUUAAUGGUUCUAUGGCCCGCAAGAUCUUCCCUCGCUUGAAGGAAUGGGAGAAGUCUCACCUGGCAAACAUCGUUCUCAUCUCCGGCGCCGGCUCCAAAGCACUCUGUGCAGGAGGUGAUGUUGCGGCAUUGGCGCUUCAGAAUGAGCAGGGAGAGGAGGGACAGCGCGCGUCAACGGAUUUCUUCGGCCUCGAAUACAGCCUCGACCACUCCAUUGCUACAUACUCCAAGCCCGUUAUCUCUUUCAUGGACGGAAUCACCAUGGGCGGUGGUGUUGGCCUGAGCAUGCACGCUCCUUUCCGAAUUGCGACUGAGAAGACCGUUUUUGCUAUGCCGGAAACCACCAUUGGUUUCUUCCCUGAUGUUGGUGGCUCGUUCUUCCUUCCCCGUUUGGACGGCGAGACUGGUACCUAUCUGGCUUUGACCUCAGAGCGCCUGAAUGGUGUGCAAGCUCUGUAUGCUGGUAUUGCCACCCACUUCCUUCACUCCAGUGUUCUGAGCAACGUGACUCAGCGUCUCUCAGAGCUGGUUUUCCCCGAUAACCUUGACCUUCCUGGACGCCUGGACGCUGUCAACAAGACCAUGGCCGAGUUCUCUCUUGGUCUUCCUUCUCUUCAAGAGGAGCCCAUGCUCCUCGCUGGUGAACUGCGUAACGCUAUCGAUCGUUGCUUCAAGUUUAACCAGGUCGAGGAGAUUAUUGCGGCGCUGGAAGCUGAACAAGAGCAGAAGGAGUGGGCACAGAAGACUCUCGAGACACUUUCAACCCGUUCACCAACAUCUCUCAAGGUGACUUUGCGUCAGCUGCGCCUUGGAAAGAAGUGGGGUAUCUCCGAGACUUUCAAGCGUGAGUACGAUAUUGCUGGUAACUUCAUGCGCCACCCAGAUUUCGUGGAAGGUGUCAAGGCCCGUUUGAUCUCUAAGCCCGCUCGCCAGGCCGAGUGGCAGCCCGCUACUCUCCAGGAGGUCUCACAGGAGACCGUUGAUGGUUUCUUCGCCACCCCCGAGAACCAGGAUGGUCUCAAGCUGUUGAGCGAGGGAGACUACAACCGAUACCCCCACGAGCGCUUUGCUCUUCCCAGUGAAGCCGAGAUUGAGAAGUUUGGCCGUCAGAGCAGAAGUGCCCGUGAGACGAUUCAACACUUUGUUGAGAAGUCAGGCCAGAAGGAGGGUGUGGCCGAGAAGGUUUCUGAGGUGUUGGCCCGACGAACAACCCCAGGCCAGAACGGCUUGGAAUGGCGAUAA